AUGAUACAAAACGGAAGAGUGGCAGACACUCUAGCCAAAGGUGGCCACAAUGUGGUAAGUUCUAGCCUAGCCCAGAGCCGUAGCCUAGAGCCCUAGCCCAGAGCCCUAGCACAGAGCCCUAGCUCAAAGCCCUAGCACAGAGCCCUAGCCCAGAGCUCUAGCCCAAAGCCCUAGUCCAGAGCCCUAGCCCAGAGCCCUAGCCCAGAGCCCUAGCCCAGAGCCCUAGCCCAGAACCCGGAGCCCAGAACCCGGAGCCCAAAGCCCAAAGCCCAAAGCCCAAAGCCCAGAGCCUUAGCUCAAAUUUCUACUCCAAAACUCUAAUUCAAAAUUGACGUUUCUUUUUAGACCCUCCUAGAGCUAGACGUAGCCAUUAAACCAGGUUCAUUACAUACAGUAAAGCACGCCAAUUUCUGGCCAGAAACCUUUGAAUGGCCAGAGAGAGUGUCGGGAGAGAUGAUCAUACCAAACGCUUUACAUUUCACAGCAUUCGAACUUAUCACAGGAUUACCUGGAUUUUUGGACAUUUUUGGCGGUAGUUGCUUGGGUAUGUUGAUAUAAAAUUUUUUUUAUUUUUAAAUUAUUGUUUUUGUUGUGCUUUAAAAAAGCCAUUGCCAUUAUAUGUCUUUAUAUAUCUAUUACAGCAAAGUUAAAAAUUAAAAACUAGGAAAAAACUUUCCUUACAAAACGUUAAAACCCGAAAAAUUUAAAGAUUUAAAAAAUUCGAUAAAAUUUUGUGGCAUUUUGUCAAAGUUUAUAAACUGAUUUCUAUGGUAUUUUAGGAUUUAUUUUUGAAGUUUGACGGAAUGCCACAAAAUAUAUUGAUAUUUGAGACGAUAUGUCAAAAGUUUUAUCGACUUUAUAAAUAAGCAAAUUUUUGUUUUGUAAAGAAAGUUUUUGCUAUUUUUUAUUUUGUAAAGAAAGUUUUUGCUAUUUUUUGUUUUGUAAAGAAAGUUCUUGCUGUUUUUUGCUUUGUAAAGAUAGUUUUCUGCCAUUUCUUAACAAAGUUCAAACUUAAAAAAUUUUUUUAAAUUCACAAAGUUCAGCUAUUUUAAAAUCGCCUCACAUAAUGAAUAAGAUCAGAGACUCCAACUUUGAUGUGAUAAUGUUUGAACAAUUCGAUGUUUGUCCGUUUGUCAUUUCUCAUUUACUCAACAUUGAUGUCAAGAUCUGGAUGUCAAGUUGUCCAAUCAUGGAACAUCAGGCUGAUUUGGUUGGCGUUCCAACUGCUUUUAGCUAUGUUCCAGUAGCUGACAGCUCAGAAUGUGGUGAUCAGAUGACAUUCUUUGAAAGGUUUAGAAAUGUUUUGUUUGGUCAUGCUUUAAGCCACGCUUACUUUAGUUAUUGGCAUGGGUUACAUUUGAAGUUGAAAGAUAUGUAUGGGUAGGUAUUUUGAGUUACUUAGUGUUUAUACAGUAAGAAUGAGAUAAGGAUAGAAUAGAAUAUUAUGAAGGGUAGGGUAGGGUUGGGCACGGUCGGGUAGGGUAGGGUAGAGUAGGAUAGGGUAGGGUAGAGUAGGGUAGGGUAGGGUAGGGUAGGGUAGGGUAGGGUAGGGUAGGGUAGGGGUAGGGUAGGGUAGGGUAGGGUAGGGUAGGAUAGGAUAGGGUAGGGUAGGGUAGAGUAGGAUAGGGUAGGGUAGGGUAGGGUAGGGUAGAGUAGGGUAGGGUAGGGUAGAGUAGGGUGGGGGUAGGGUAGGGUAGGGUAGGGUAGGGUAGGGUAGGGUAGGGUAGGGUAGGGUAGGGUAGGGUAGGGUAGGGUAGGGUAUUGUAAUUUUAAAAUCAUUUCAGUCCGGACUUCCCAAGCCCUCUAGAUCUAGCAAAAUCCACCGAUUUAGUUCUUAUCAAUACGGAUGAACUGGUCGAUUUUCCUCGACCAUUACCACCAAAUGUUAUUCAUGUUGGAGGGCUUGGUAUGAACCACGUUAACACCACCUUAUCACCGCACUACCAAAGUCUAAUGGAAAGUGGCAAAGAUGGUGUAGUAUACUUUUCGUUUGGUACUAUGGUAUCUACAGUAGAGCUGGGACAGACUUAUAUGAAGAACUUAUUGGACACUUUUUCGAAAUUCGAAAAUUAUUUUUUUAUUGUCAAGGCAACGGAAAAAGAUAGGUUUACAUUUGAGUAUGGUAAGGGUAUCAAGAAUGUUCAUGUCGAUCAUUGGAUUCAACAGCCUGGCGUUUUAGGUAAUAUUUUUGGUCGUAAAGAAAUUUCUUGCUAUUUUUUGAUUUGUAAAAAAAGUUUUUGUCAUUUUUUGUUCGCUAAAGAUGAUUAUGAUUAUUGCAAUUUUGUUUUGUAAUAAAAGUUGUUGCUAUUUUAACCCCUAUAAACAUAGUUUUUGGCAGCUCAUCCAAACCUAAGAUUCUUCAUAACUCAUGGUGGCUACAAUGGCAUUAUGGAAGCUUCAAGAUUCUCAGUGCCAUUGCUAUUAAUAGGCGUUUUUGGCGAUCAGACUAGAAAUGCUCGACUGGUCGAAAGGAAUGGAUGGGGAGUGUCAAUGCACAAACUGUCAUUAUUAUAUGAAACAGAUGAGUUUGAGGCAAAAAUCAAAGAAAUGCUACGGAACCCAAAGUAAGAUCUCGCUUUUUUUGUUUUUUUUUAGUUUUGCAGGUUGCGGGUGACAUGUUAUACGCUAGCACAUUUUCUUUUUGUUUAAGGACAAAGGCAAGGUAAAGUAAGGAUAGGUACUGCAGGGUCCAAGUAGCAUGAUGGAUGUUAAAGUAGGAUAAGAGGGCAAGAUAUGUUGCAACUUACGGGUAGAGUGUUGUAUUUUACAGCAGAGCAAAGUCAAAGCAAGGCAAGGCAAGGCAAGGCAAGGCAAGGCAAGGCAAGGCAAGGCAAGGCAAGGCAAAGCAAGGCAAGGCAAGGCAAGGCAAGGCAAGGAAAGGCAAGGCAAGGCAAGGCAAGGCAAGGCAAGGCAAGGCAAGGCAAGGCAAGGCAAGGCAAGGCAAGGCAAGGCAAGGCAAGGCAAGGCAAGGCAAGGCAAGGCAAGGCAAGGCAAGGCAAGGCAAGGCAAGGCAAGGCAAGGCAAGGCAAGGCAAGGCAAAGCAAAGCAAGGCAAGAAAAGGCAAGGCAAGGCAAGGCAAGGCAAGGCAAGGCAAGGCAAGGCAAGGCAAGGCAAGGCAAGGCAAGGCAAGGCAAGGCAAGGCAAGGCAAGGCAAUGGCAAAAUAUAUAAAUAAUAAGAUUUUAUUUUUAGGUACAAACAAAACGCGAUUCGAACAACAAAAUUGUUGCAAACCAAGCCUCAGACAGGUGAACAACGUCUUCUAUCGUAUAUAAAGUUCCUCGAAGAGAACGGUGGUCAUUUACCUGAGCUAAGAUCAAUUGCCAAUCAACUAUCAGUCAUUGAGCUAACUAAUAUUGACAUUUGGACAAUUAUCUUAUUAACUAUUGUAGUUGUUAUCGUUUUGUUGUUAUACGUCAUUGGCACUGUUUUGAAAAAGUUGUUUAGGUUGAUAGGGUUUCGAAAGAAGGAGAAGAUGCAAUAA